AAAACCAUCUAUAUUUAGUGAUAAUAUGAUUGUAUAGAUCUGGAAUGAAACUGAAGAACAGUGGAGAGCUAAUGAGAGUCAAAUAAGGUAGUAAAUUAGAAUAUACAUGAACCAAAAUUAGUAGCUUGCUUACAUACCAACAGUAAAUCAGCUAGGAAGUGUGAUGAAAUAGAUUACAUCUGCAUAGCAAAAUAUAUAUGAUAUAAGGGAGUAACCGUAGUAAGAAAGGUAUGGGACCUGUAUGACUGUAACUAUAAACCUUACUCAGGGAGAGAAGAAGAGAGUUGAAUGAGUGGAGAAAACAAACCUAUUAUUGGGUGAGAAAAUUUUGUACAGUUAUCACUUCUCUCCAAAUCAGUUGACAUAUAACUGAAUUCAUGCCUAGCACAUGAGACACACAAUAAAUGUUUUUUAACAAAUGUCAAAUAAGUGAACAUAAUUAAAAUAAAAAUAUUAUUAGAUUUUUUUGACUUGAUAAAAUGAUUCUAAGCUUCAUCUAAAAAAAUUCUUCAGAGUUAAGAAUAAAAUUUUUAUAAUGAAGACUAAUGAAAGGAUUGCCAGCUCAGUUAUUAAAACAUAUAACAAUGUAAGAUAAAUUAUGAUAGUGGUGGUAUUGGUGCAUGAACACAUAGAUUCAUGGAACAAAGUAGAAAAGUCAAGAAUCAGAUUUAUAACUGUUUAAUGACCUAGAAUAUGAUGGUGGUAUCAUAAAUAGGAAAGGAUGGAUUUAAUGUAUUUGAACAACUAGAAAAAAGGCAUCCCUACUUCAUAAUACACUCCAGGUGAACUAAAGAUUUAAAUUCCAAAAGUGAAAUUAUAAAAGUGUUAGAAGGAGGGUGCCUGGGUGGCUCAGUUGGUUAAGUGUCUACCUUCAACUCAGGUCAUGAUCCCAGGGUCCUGGGAUGGAGUCCCACAUCUGGCUCCCUGCUCAGAGGGGAGUCUGCUCCUCCCUCUCCCUCUGCCCCUCACCCAGCUUGUGCUCUCUCUCACUCACUCUCUUUCAAAUAAAUAAAUAAAAUCUUUAAAAAAAGUGUUAGAAGGAAAUAUUGGAAUUUAGAAUGUCUUUCUAAACAUGACCCAAAAGGCAGAAAUAGUAAAGGAAGAGAUUGAUACGUUUGAUUACAUAAAACACUUAAAACUUUUGAACUUCCCAAAACAUCAUAAAAAAUAUAGUUAGCUGACUACCUUGAAAAAUAUUUGUAACAUAUGUGACAGACUAAAGCUUAAGUUCUCUACUAUACAACAAAUGUAUGAAAGAUGUAAGCUCACUGAUGACUAAAGGUGCAGUUAAAACAAAAGAAAUACCAUUAUUUUGGUCAUCAAACUGGCAAACAACAACAAAAAGUCUAGGGUGCAAGCAAACUGGUAUUUGUCUGCACUACUGGUAGAAGUAUACUUUCGGGCAGGCUUGCUGGAGGGUGAUGUGGCCAAAAUCAAGAGCCAUUCCUUAAUAAUUUAUCCUAAGGUAUUUUUCAUAGCUAUUUGCAAAUAUAUAGUUCCAGUGGUAAUCAUUACAGUGUUCUUUAUUUUUUUUCUUUUUUUAUUGAGGUCUAAUUGACAUAUAACAUUAUAUUAGUUGCAGGUGUACAACAUAAUGACUAGAUUUUUGUAUAUAUUGCAAAAUGAUCACAAUAACUCUAGUUAACAUCUGUCAUACAGUUACAAAAUGUUUUUUUCUUGUGAUGAAAACUUUUAAGAUCUACUCUCUUAGCAACUUUAAAUAUGCAAUACAGUAUUAUUAACUAUAGUCACCAUGCUGUACAUUACAUCCCCAGAACUUAUUUAUUUUAUACCUGGAAGUUUGUACCUUUUGAUUCCUUUAACCCAUUUCACCUACCCCUACCGCCUGCCUCUGGCAACCACCAAUCUCUUCUUUGUCUAUGAGUUUUGUUUUGUUUUGUUUUUGUAUCUAUGAGUUCUGUGCAGUGUUCUUUAUAAUACCAAUAUCUUGUGAAUAACUUAAAUGUCUUUCUAUGGGGGAAUGGUUAACUCAGUUGUAAAAGAGCCAUAUAAUGGAAUACUGUGAAAUUAUUAAAGAUAGUGUUGAAAAAUAUUGAAUGAUAUGGACAAAUCAUGCUACAGGAACAAAGAUGGUUAUACUUUCAUCUUGUAUAAGAGGGAAUAAUGCAAAUAAAACUAAAAGCAGUUUGUUUGAAGUAUUGAGGAAGAAGGAUAAGGAGAGUUUUACAAUGUCUAAGGUCUUGAUUUUUAUCAGUAAAUAAAUAAGCCAUCAAUAUCUGCCAAGAGUUUCUGUGAUGGGGUCCAAUUUAGUUGGGAUACAUACUGUUUCCAAGUUGUUAAUUGAUUGGGCCUCUGAAUGUUAAUGCUAUUUGUCAGAGGCAAGUUCAGUAUUAUAAUUCAGUUUACAGCACAACAAUGAGAUGUGUUAGCCUAUUAUGGCUUAAGCAUUUUAAAAUUAUUUUUUAAUUAAAAAUUUUUAAAAAUUUAAUACUUAGUUUUUCAAUUUCACAGCAGAAUCACAUUCUGAUUAUUAAUAGUACCUAAGCUGUUAUGAGAUGUAAGUAUAAUAUCUGUUAGCUCUUAGACGUUCCAUAAUUAAUUAAAUUAAGCAAAGGGUAAUUGCUAUUAAAGGAUCAUAAAAAGUGAUCAAUGCUUUAUAUGUUGGGAUUAAUAAUUUCACUUUUUCUUAAGGGUUCUCGAAUUCUGCGUCUCCAAGUGAACGUUUUCUGUGGAGCAGUGAAAAUGCUAAUGGACAAUCUCUGGAAAAAAAAUCCAUUUGGGAAGUUCUGUUAAAUUUUUUCUUUCCAACAACAUGCAUUCCAAAUGAGAAUCAGGUUGUGGAGGCUUGCAAUAAGCUGCAAGAUUAUAACAAGAGUGAAUGUUUGGAAUACAAAUGCUGUUAUUCAUCCUUCAGGACCAGUAACUUCAGCUGCUUUGCCCCAUUAGAAGAUAAGCCUACACAGAUAUUCCGGAUGUUUGGGCUUGGUGUGAUCAGCAUGAUCAUCCUGGGAUGUCUGCCCAUUUAUUGCUGCUCUUCUUGCAGGAGAAGCAAAUGGGCCAAUCCUUUACAAUGGAGAGUCAAAAGAGUUUUAAAGGAUUUGAAGAAACGAAGAAAGAAAAUAAAGAUGGAUCCUGAAAUAUUAGGGACAGCAGUAGAAGAGGAGGAUGAAAAAAAGCAAGAGACCAAAGCCUCAGUUACAGAGAAGCAGAGGAGUGGAAUAACAGACCACUGAUCUUAGUGUCAGGAGACUCUGGCUUUAGUCUCAGUUCUGCCAUUAUGUACAGUGGGAGCUUGGGCAAUUCCCUUAACUUUCCUGGGCUUCAGUUCACCAAGCUGCAAAAAGAGAAGUUUGGACUAGAUGAACAGGAAAUGUGACGUAUUUCAGAAGAAACAAAAUCCUUAUAUAAGCAUUAUUUUCCCACUGAGAAGAACACAAACCAUUCAGAGCAGAGGAGACUGUCCCAGUCAUCUAAACCUGAUGGAGCAUUUUAGGACAAAAAUUAGUUGUUACUUUUGUCAUGUUUACUUCCAAAUAUAAAAUAAAGUUGAUAGUUCUGUUUCUGUGCAUCAAA